UAUCAUUUCAGAUUGACUCGUUUUCUUUUUUAAAUGUUUUGGAGUUAACUCUCACCGGAAACGGCGAUCGCCUCAUUCACCGGAGCAGAGCCACCCACUCAAUGCUCUCUCUCUCUCUCUUCUGAAUUGAACCCAUGAAUCCUUCCUCUUCUACCCCAUAUUCCAACCCACCUUUCCCUUUCCUUCCCCCAAACCCCUUUUACUCUCAGCCUCAUAACCCUCCGCCUCCGCCUCCGCCUCCACCCCUCGCCGACCUGUCCACGACACUCUCGUCCCUCAAAAGCCUCAUCCACCUCUCCCACCAAACCCUUCACUCCCUCUCCACUCUCCUCCCUCUGAAGCCUCACAACCCCAAUCACAUCCCACGCAAAUCCCACCAACACCACCCUUUUUACCAACCUUCUCCUCAUCCCCUUCCCGGCUCCGAUCAACUCUGCUUCUCUUUCGACGGCCCCGCUCCCAAUUCUUUCUACGACGAGUGCCCGGGCGUCGUUCGCUUCCCCAUCCCACAUGCUGCAAAGAAGACGUUGACGAUUCCGGGCUUUCUAUCCGUCGAAUGCGCGACAGGAGAGAUUGAGGGGCUUGGGGAGCAGUGCCUUUUCAGGAUUCUUCCAUCGGAGCUGCUGGCGAUUCGAGGCGAAUGCGAGGCCUGGAGUGAUUAUCCGAGUGCCUACUCGUGUAGUGUUCUUCGUGCGCUUUCUUGGGGGACGAGGAUGGUUAGAGAGCGCGAUUUGAUGAAUUGGGUGUUUGCCAGUUCCCCGCGUUAUGGUGUUGUGAUUGAUGUCGCUAUGGCAGACCAUAUAUUUUCGCUGUUUACGCUGUGCCUCAAGGCGAUCGUGCGGGAAGCUUCGAGUUUGGAUGGGGAUCAGAACAAGGGGUGCCCCGUUUUGGUUCAGGCAUUGAUUUGGUUCGCAUCUCAGCUCUCUAUUCUGUAUGGGGAAACGAAUGGGAAGCUCUUUGCAAUUGACAUGCUUAAACAGUGUAUAUCGGAGGCUGCUGCGCGGGGGUUGAUGAUGACUGCGUCUCCUACUCUAAAAGAAGAAGCUUCUCACUCUCAGAAUGAGCUGAAUCUCACUGUUACAGGAAAGGUCAUUUCUGUGUCACAAAUCGUAGCAGCGGUUGCUGCAUUGCAUGAACGGGCUUUAUUCGAAGAGAAGACUAAGGGUUUUCGGGUUUCUCAACCGCUUACGAGAGCUGAGCAUGAUUAUGUGUCACAGAAAGCUGAUGAGGAGCGGAAGAGACGUCCUAACUACAGGCCUAUAAUUGAGCAUGAUGGACUCCCUCGGCAAAGGUCAUCUUAUCAGGAAUCAAACAGGACUAAGACUAGAGAGGAGUUAUUGGCUGAAGAAAGGGACUACAAACGCCGAAGAAUGUCAUAUCGUGGCAAAAAGGGGAAGAGAACAACUUUACAGGUUACGAGGGAUAUAAUAGAGGAAUACAUGGCAGAAAUUAAGAAAGCUGGAGGGAUUGGGUGCUUCGUACAGGGAACUGAAGAUGGAGGAAUGUUUCUAUCUGAAUCUCCAUCUGCUCAUGACAUCACCACCAGUGUUGAUGAGCCAAUAGGAAGCAGUUAUGCAGGAAACGAAGGUAGCCAAUAUAAUAACAGGACACAGUCACACUCUGAUUAUAUUAAGAGAUCUAACAGUUUCAAAGAUGCUUCUCCUAAAGACUAUGAGCAGCCAAGACGAAGCCUUCAUGAGCACCAUGUAAAUGUAGAUCAGAGAAUCGUCAGUCAUAGCAAACAUGAUGGGGAUAAUUAUUCAAGAAGCCCAGAAAGAUACAAAAGUCGUGGCCGGUCAUAUGUCCGAAGUAGUCAUCUAUUAGAGCAAGAUGAUCUGGAGGUGGCCAGAAUCCAGCAUCCAUCUUCUGGCAUGUCAAGAUAUGAUAAUAGUAGAUCAUCUUCUUCUGUUUCAAAUUCUGUGAAUGAUAUAAGUGUGAGAAAGGAUGAACAGAAAUCAAAAGUUGAGCAUAGACGGCGAAGGAACAGAUAUGAAAAUGUUAGUUCAGACUUUCUGGGACAAAAUGCCUUUGAGGAUCGAUACAAUCCUUCAGAAUCCCUUGACAUGCGCGAAGAUGAUCUCUCCACUGGCAUCAAGCAUGUCAGACAAGAUAAAUUAUUUCUUAGGGAAUUCCAUGACCAACCUAGCCGCUAUUCUGCAGGAAGGCAGUAUCCUGACUACCACGAUAAAUCUGAGUAGCUUCACCUUGUGAAAUUAUGAAAAUAUACACAUCUUUUGUGAGAGAUGUGAAGACAAUGCAGUUGGGGAGGAUACCGCACAUUUUGAAGCUUGCUGACAGAUGAAACUCUGUAUGCAACUUGUUUGCUCUUCUAACCACAGAUUGGGAUAACUUUUAGCUUCUUCUCCAUUAAAUGCAAGUACAUUUUUAGGGUAUAUUCAGUGAUGAGAGAAGUAUGUAUCUUCUGUAAUGUUUGUACCUCAGAUUUAGGUUUCUGUUCGGCAACCGUAACCUGUAUCCUGUACCUCCAUUGUGGGGGGCCCUGUUGAAAAAUCACCACUUCCAUUUUGGUGAUGAAAAUGACCAGCCAGAUCUUCCUCAA